AGUAACUCCAUCAUGUCCACUUCAAUCACCUCCAACCCCAAUUUUGGCUACGAUACCUCGGCCGAGGAGGUCGCAGCAAGCUUGGCUCCUUCUAUCGCAGGCAAGACCAUCCUCGUCACUGGCGUCACUCAAGGAGGAAUCGGCGCGCAUUUCCUCGACGUCGUCGCGUCGCACAACCCAAAGACGCUGAUUCUCGCUGGGCGAAACCCCAAGAACACAGCCACUGCUAUCAGCAACGCCCAUGUUGGAGUCGAAACACGCACGGUCGAGCUGGACUUGAGCUCGCAGGCCAAGGUGCGUGAGGCCGCUGAGGAAGUCCUCUCAUGGCCUGGCCCCCUUGACGUCCUCGUCAACAAUGCCGGCGUCAUGGCUGUUCCUCACCAGUUGACGGCCGACGGCAUCGAAAUGCACUUUGGCACUAACUUCCUCGGCCAUUUCCUCUUCACCAACCUGCUCAUGCCCAAGUUGCUGCAGUCGGAGCUGGGGCCACGAGUUGUGAAUGUCAGCAGCGACGGCCAUCAACUGAGCGAUAUUCGAUGGGACGACUUGGACUUCAAAAAAGGUGAGGUAUACGAAAAGUGGCGUGCGUACGGCCAAUCAAAGACGGCCAACAUCCUCUUCAAUACUUCAUUGGUGGAGAAGCUCGCCGCGAAAGGCGUCAAGGCUUUUACACUCCAUCCCGGUAUCAUCCAAACAAAUUUAGGCCGACACAUGCGCCCAGAAGACUUCGCUGCCCUAGAGGCUUUCGCGAAGGAAACCGGGGAGAAAAGAGGCGAGCAAACCACUUUGAAAUUUAAGACGAUAGGUCAGGGCGCAGCGACCCAUGUUGUUGCUGCUUUUGAUCCCAAGCUCAAUGACCAUAACGGCGUCUACCUAUUCGACUGUCAGCUUGCGGCUCCAAAAGAGCUUGAACCAUACGCCGUCGAUAAAGACAGUGCUGCCAGGCUCUGGGAGUUGGCUGAGAAGCUUGUGGGCCAGAAAUUCUCCUACUGAAUCGCUUCAUACAUGUGACUCGCUGAUGAAUGUGGCACAUUUCGUUUUGAGAUUGUAAAUGGUCCU